ACUAAUUAUUAUAGUGGACUUUGUCAGCGGAAUCGGCUUUGUUGUCUUCGGUGCCCAUCAAUGCUGAUACGUUCUUUAUGAUGAGUGGUCUAUUAUUGGUGUAUAAUUGCGCUAAUAAAAUGGACAGAAUUGCAUUGAUGAAGAAUUUACAUCUCUUCUAUUUAAGUAGACAGUUGCGUAUGUUUCCAUUGCUUGCUAUUUCAAUACUGCUCGAUGCGUCGGUAUUUCAUAAACUGGCAGAUAGUCCACUGUAUAUAUCAUCGGCGACUGCAGUCAAUGCAUUAAGAUGCAGGGCUUACUGGUGGUCGACACUUAUCAAUUUGCAGAAUUACAUUAAUCCCAAAGAAAUGUGUGUCCCUCACUCUUGGUACGUUGCAAUUGACAUUCAGUUGCACAUUCUUUCGCCUAUCGUGUUAUAUUGGGUUCUCAGUGGUAACCGACAGACAGCGUGGUUAGCGCUGAUGAUAGCCUUAGCUGUUGGGUUAACAAUAUCUGCCUGCUAUAAUUUUAUUAUGCUGUUACCUGCUCACAUGAUUAUACCUGCACGUAAUAACGAGUUGUGGGACUAUUUCACUCUGUACUACUUUCACAUAAUAUCACGAAUAACUACGUUCCUUGUUGGCAUGGUGUUCGGUUAUAUCUUGCACAUUUGGCGUGGUAAAAAAGUUGUAAUUUAUCAAAAGACAGUGCUAUCUCUAUGGGCGACAUGUGUCGGCAUAAUGCUAGGUACGGUAUACAUACUGUACUGUGUCAAGCAACCAACUUGGAAUCACGUGUUUGUGGAUGCGAUAAUAAACACAAUAAUGAGGCCUCUUUGGUCCGCUGCUGUAGGAUGGCUUGUGUUAGCCUGCGCACACGGAUACGGCGAGCGUUAA